AUGUCUAUGAAAUGGGCUUCAGGUCUUCUGCUGGUACAGCUAAGUUGUUACUUUAGCCCUGGGAAUUGUGGGAAGGUGCUGGUGUGGCCCACAGAAUACAGCCACUGGAUGAAUAUGAAGACAAUCCUAGAUGAACUUGUCUGGAGAGGUCAUGAGGUGACUGUAUUGACAGCUUCAUCUUCUAUUCUUGUUGAUCCCGGCAAAUCGUCCAUUAUUAAAUUUGAAGUUUAUCCUACCUCAUUAACUAAAAAUGAUCUUAAGGAUACUAUCAUGAGACUGGUCGAUGCAUGGACAUAUGUUCCAAAAGAUACAUUUUGGUCACAUUUUUCACAAGUACAAGAAAUCAUGUGGGAAUAUUCUAACAUAUUUAAAAAGUUCUGUGAAGAUGUUGCUUUGAACAAGACACUUAUGACUAAACUAAAAGAGUCAAAGUUUGAUGUCAUUCUUGCAGAUGCCAUUGGUCCCUGUGGUGAACUGCUGGCUCAGCUAUUUAAAAUACCCUUUGUGUACAGUCUCUGCAUGUCUCCUGGCUACACACUUGAGAAGUAUAGUGGAGGACUUCUGCUCCCUCCUUCCUAUGUACCUGUCAUUAUGUCGGAAUUAAGUGAUCAAAUGACAUUCAUGGAAAGAAUAAAAAAUAUGAUAUAUGUGCUUUAUUUUGACUUUUGGUUUCAACCAUUUGAUAUGAAGAAAUGGGAUCAGUUUUACAGUAAAGUGCUAGGAAGACCCACUACAUUCUUGGAGACAAUGGGAAAAGCUGAUAUGUGGCUCAUUCAAACCUACUGGGAUUUUGAAUAUCCUCGCCCAUUCUUACCAAAUUUUGAUUUUGUUGGAGGUCUCCACUGCAAACCUGCCAAAGCCCUGCCUAAG